AUGUCCGAAACAAAGCCCGAAGCCUCCAGCUCGGCUGCCACACCUGUCGACGUUGAUGCGCUCCUCGCAGAGAAGGUACCGUCGCCCACAUCGGCCGAAGGCGUGAUUGAUCUCGAGGUCUUUCAGCAGAUCCGGGAUAUGGACGAGGAGGACGAUGAUGGAUCAGGCGACGAGGAGCCAAAUGCGUUCAGUAGGGGGAUUGUCUGGGGAUUCUUUGAGCAGGCAGAGCAGACAUUCAAGCAGCUUGAGGAUGCCUUGGCAAAGAAGGAACUUGUCAAACUCUCUUCGCUCGGACAUUUCCUCAAAGGCUCGUCCGCCGCACUGGGCAUCAUCAAGGUCCAAGACGCGUGCGAAAAGAUACAGCACUACGGAAACAAGCGGGACGAGGAGGCUGGCGAGGACUUGACGGAACCCGAAGCGCUCAAGCGGAUUUCGGACCAGUUCUUGAUCUGUAUCAAGGAAUAUCGGCUGGGCAAGGCGUAUCUGCAGGGACUGUACGAGGAGGACGAGGAGGAUGACGAGUAA